AUGCGGGCCCUCCCCGCACGCCCUCCGUUCCAGCGCGCGUUCCACACCACCCGGCCAUCUCAGAUUGAAGAAGCCUACAUCCUGAGUGCAGCUCGCACGCCGACUGCCAAGUUCAACGGCCCCUUCGCCACCGUCUCAGCCCCGCACCUCGGCGCAACCGCCAUCCGCGCCGCAAUCACCAAAUCCAAGGUCCCAGUAUCCGAAAUCACAGACCUGUACAUGGGCAACGUCCUCUCCGCGAACGUCGGGCAAUCCCCCGCCCGGCAGGCAGCCAUCUUCGCCGACCUCCCGCCGUCCCUCGACUGCACAACGAUCAACAAAGUCUGCGCCUCGGGCCUCAAAGCCGUCGCCCUGGCCGCCCAGAACAUCCAGCUCGGACUCUCCCGCGCGCAGAUCGCCGGCGGGAUGGAGAACAUGUCGCGGGUGCCGUACUACCUGCCGCGGAGCGCGCAGCUCCCACCUUUCGGGGACAUCAAGCUGGAGGACGGGCUGAUCAAGGAUGGGCUGUGGGACGUGUACAACCAGAUCCACAUGGGGAUCUGCGCGGAGACGACGGCCAAGAAGCACGGGGUCAGCCGGGAGGCGCAGGACGACUACGCGAUCCGCAGCUACGAGCGCGCGCAGGCGGCGUGGCGGACGGGGAAGUUCGCGGCGGAGGUGGUGCCCGUGACGGUGCGGGACAAGAAGGGCAAGGAGACGGUCGUGGGCACGGACGAGGGGUUCGAGAGUCUGCGCGCCGACAAGCUGCGCGCGCUGAAGCCCGCCUUCCUCCGCGACGGGUCGGGCACCGUCACCGCCGGGAACGCGAGUACCAUGAACGACGGCGCGUCGGCGCUGGUGCUCGCGUCGAGGGACUUGGCCAGGCAGUAUGCCGGGGACGGGAGCAACCCCGUGUUGGCGCGGGUGGUCGCGGCGGCGGAUGCGGCGGUCGAUCCCGUGGACUUUCCGGUCGCGCCGGCCAAGGCCGUGCCCAUUGCGUUGCGGCGGGCCGGGAUCACCAAGGAGCAGGUCGCGGUGUGGGAGUUUAACGAGGCGUUCGCGGCGGUGAUCAAGGCGAAUGAGAAGAUUCUCGGGCUGGAGAACGCGCGCGUCAAUCCCCUCGGCGGCGCCAUCUCGCUGGGCCAUGCGCUCGGCAGCUCGGGCUCGCGCAUCCUCGUGACCCUGCUGCACCAGUUGCAGCCGGGCGAGUACGGCGUCGCGGCUAUCUGUAAUGGCGGCGGUGCGGCGACGGCGAUGGUGGUGCAGCGCGUCGAGAGGGUGGAUUAG